CAAUCAUAACUUAUAAAUUUUUGCUUAGUUGAGGAUUUUACCUUUAACCAAAAGAGAGAGAGAAAAAAAAAUUUAAACAGUAAAUAGUUAAAGAUUAACUGAAGUAUAUUGAAAGAAGAAGGUAUCUUUAAUUGAUUUGGGAAGAUAAUUGUCAUAUACAUAUAUAUCUAAGAUAUUCAAUCCAAUCUUAUAAUAAACUUUCAUUCAUCUUUAUUCCCUGUAAUAUCAUCUUCAAUAUCAUUAUAAAUUGAUCAACCAUUAAGUCAAGUCAAUAGCAAUACCACACAUCAACAACAACAACAACAACAUCAUAAUCAUAAUAAUAAUAUCAUCAUGUACGCAUUAUCUAAAAGAAGUUUAAUAACUUCUAUGGUUAAAUUCCAACCCAUUGUUCAUAAACAAAUUGGUUCUAAUUUAAUUAAUCAACAAAGAUAUAUUUCAAGUAAAGAUCUUACUCCAAAACCAUUAGAAACUGAAUUUCCAUUAAUGAGUCAAAAGACUGCUUCAAGUCCAGUUGAUUAUGUUUUAACUUCAUUAGAUUCUAUAGCUAAUUGGGCAAGAAAAUCUUCAUUUUGGCCAGUUACAUUUGGGUUAGCAUGUUGUGCAGUAGAAAUGAUGCAUGUAUCAGCACCAAGAUAUGAUCAAGAUAGAUUAGGGAUUAUUUUCAGAGCUUCACCACGUCAAUCUGAUAUUAUGAUUGUGGCUGGUACUGUUACUAAUAAAAUGGCUCCAGCUUUAAGACAAGUUUAUGAUCAAAUGCCAGAUCCAAGAUGGGUUAUAAGUAUGGGAUCAUGUGCUAAUGGAGGAGGAUAUUAUCAUUAUUCAUAUAGUGUGGUUAGAGGAUGUGAUAGAAUUGUUCCAGUUGAUGUUUAUGUUCCAGGAUGUCCCCCAACCUCUGAAGCAUUAAUGUAUGGAGUUUUCCAAUUACAAAAGAAGAUGAUGAAAACUAGAAUCACAAGAUUAUGGUAUAGAAGUUAGUUGGAGUAUUUCAUUCCAUCUAUUUAAUCAAUCCAUCAUAGUUUCCUUUCUUUCUCUAUAUAUAUUAGUAUAUAUUUCAUUAUUAUUAUUAUUAUUUAACCUUCAUUCAUUCAUUCAUUCAUAUAUGUAUAUAUAUAAAUCAAAUAUAUUAAUGGCAUAUUAAGUAGUUAGUUGUUGUAAAUGGAAGUAAGUUUGGCAGCAGACGAUAGAACAGUGUAGAACAAAAGAAACAAGAACGUGACUCGUCACGUUCUUGGGAUAUUACCUAAAUAGGAAGUGCGAACAUUUUCUUUCUUUUCUCUUUUUAAAAUUCCAAAAAAUGUUCGCAUUAAAAAUUUAAAUU